GAAUUUGAAAAGCGGUCUCGCGCGCCGUGCCCAUUUCCUUCUUUCUCAGACCCAAAGAGAUGAACCAAAUCUUCUCACCUCCAUAAUUUCUCAGGUAAAACCCUAAUUUGUUUUCCUAAUCUCCAAAGUUAAAUGCCUUAAUUCCACAAAUGGCCUCCCCAAUUCCCUACACCGUCGCCGACGACAAGGACCUCGAUGACGCCGCUUUGUGGGCCGUAAUCGACUCCGCCGCAGCAUCUCACUCCUCCUCCAAGUCCCGCAAACCGCUCGCGAUCAAAUUCCCUAAUUUCCAACCCCUAUCCUCUAGCCCCUCGCCGCCAACAAAGCUCCCUAGAAACCAUAGGACCCCCACCUCCGCCGACGCCGAUUCUAGGGUUUCGGCCGAGAGCGAGGUGGUGCACGAACCCUGGAUUUAUCGCCCGCCGCGCAAGAUCGCCAGGACUUGCGCUUCGGAAGUGAGCAAGAGCAGCAGCCCUCUCGUCCUGCUCAGGAAUGUGCAGCACACGCCUACCACGCCGGUGUAUUCGUCUCCGGAAUCGCAUUUGUCGCCGGAGAUUGGGAGGUUCGACGUGAAGGAGAUUAGCGCUCGUUCGGAGGGCUCCUCCGGGAGCUAUGGGUGGAGAGAGGAGGAGAAUGUGAGGCAUAGCUUGUCUGGAAGAUUUCCAUCGGUUUCGCUGUUCAAAGAGUAUCAGAAUGCUGCUAUGGCGAUUUUGGAGAAAACUGAUUACAUAACGAUUUCUGGAAACCCUUUCAUAAAAAAAUCAGGCUGGAGGAAGAUAUCAUUUUACUUCAAUCUCUCUUUUGAAAUCAAAGACAAGACCAUUGAGUUUGAUGAGAACCGUAAUGUUCAGCGUGCUGAAUUUGUAGUUCGAGCAUACAUGCAAGGUGGUAGAUUCGCAGAUGCAUGGGGCUCAUGUGAGCGGCGUGAGAAGAGGUUUUUAAAACCAAAUCAUGAUAUACCCAGUACAGCAGAGACCAGAGCCAAAAAUAAAGCCUGCCAGGACCUGCUUGGAAUUGGAGAAUAUCGACCUGGUGCAAGCCAAGUCCAGAGUUGAAAAGGAUCAAUUUUGUACACAGUAAUUUCUGAUUCACUAAAUUCUUGAUGUAUGACAAAAAAAAAGGAUUUUAUUGAGAAUUGUAAAAAUGAGGCAAAGCAAAAGUUGUAUCUGUAUAUGCCUGCUGAGUGAGAACCCUACCUAAUUGCUUCUUAUGAUAUUGGUGCCAUUCAAACUAAAGAGACAAAAUAUCAUUUUCUUUCUUAUAGUAGGGAAAAAGGACAGUAGUUAUAUGUCAC